GAGUGUUUGGACUUAAUACCGGUUUUCAUAAUGCCUGUAAUUAUUUAAGUGCAUUUUAAGGCUAACGAACGUUCGCUAAUGGCGUUUGAAGGAACAGCACGGGUUCUCUUUAUUUUUGCCAUACUACACGUGGCAGGUGCCGUCACAACCUACACAUGGGGUUCCUGGGGUGACUGGGGAUCUUGUAUCAGUAACUGUCCAGACAGCAACACCGGCACGAAAACCCGCACUAAAGAAUGCAUCGCCCAUAUCACAACGGCAAACCACACCACCACACAUUCAGUUGUAUACAUCCACUGCGGCAUCUCGACCCAUCGUCACCAGAACACAAACUGCAGUGUUACCUGUCCAAUAAACGGGGGUUGGGGCGGCUGGACAUCAUGGAGCACGUGCUCGGUCACCACGGGAACAGGUAGCACGGAGCGACACCGCAGCUGUAACAACCCGGCGCCCGCACAUUUCGGCAAGGACUGCACGGGGAUUAGCCAGCAACAUAACCCCUGCACCGUAAACGUUUGGAGUGACUGGACCGCCUGGAGCCAGUGUACCGUCACUUGCGGCACCGGGGAAAAAUUGCGCAUGCGCCAUUGUGUAAACGGAAGCCGAUGUGACGGCGCAACUGUAGACAAGGCUUCCUGCGCACUAUUGCCCUGUUCUGUAGAUGGCGGGUGGAGCACGUGGAGCGAUUGGAGCGGCUGCAGUGUCACGUGCGGGUACGGAGGCCGCUAUCGAAACCGAGCAUGUGAUUCCCCAGCGCCUCUCCAUGGUGGACGGCCCUGUGCGGGAGUUGACAGUGAUAUCGAUGUAUGUUAUGAUGUUGCAUGCCCAAUAGACGGUGGGUGGGGUAAUUUUACCUCGGCUGGCUCAUGCAGUGUCACGUGCGGUGUGGGAGUGGCCUACUCAACCCGGAAGUGCGAAAAUCCCCCGCCACAAUUUGGUGGCAAAGAGUGUGAGGGUUCCCCUGCCUCGUUUGAGAAAUGUGAAAUGCCCGGAUGUUUAAGAGACGGAGGAUGGACAGGUUGGUCUAAUCUAACUUCCUGUAACUCCAUCUGCGGAAUGGGGAUGCAGCGGACCCUCCGAACGUGCACGGCUCCCGCCCCCGCCAAUGGCGGUAGACAGUGUACAGGCGAUUCCAUGCUCUCCCGCGAGUGUGACAACGGGCCAUGUCCAUCAGACAUAAAAGUUUGUGAUGGAACAUUGCUUAAAGAUGCAAUGCGCGGCGCCCAGUCCGCCGACUUCAAUUGCUAUAACACUUCCGGUACGGAUACUUCCGGUUCGGGUAGUUCCGGUAUUGACCCUAAAGGCAUGAUUUCCGAGAUGUGUCUGGCGCCCGGCACAGAUUCCUGGAUAAUAGGCGUUCAGGUCUCUUCUAUUUGCUCCCAACUACCAAUCUACUCUCCCUUGGCAAGUUUAGAGACCGGAUCACGGAAACAUAAAUACGCUAUACUCCUGGACUGUUUUCAAGAAAUCCUAACGAUAGCGACAAUGGAUUGUCAGGGCGCAAUACAGAAAGCAACUGUUGAUCUAGAACAUACCCCACAAGAGUAUCAUUUGCUGACCUGGUGAUGAAUGAUUGAUCUGUUACUCGUAUAUGUUGUGUUGACGAGUUUGAAUA